CAUAUGGCUUUACAAUGUGUGUUAGUUUUCCUGUUUCUGGUUUGUUUUCUCUGCAAAGAAGCAGAGGCUAUCUCCUCUCACUCAAUUCCUCGUUCUAACCUCAAUCCCAAACAACCUCUCCAUCAAAUAUCGGAUAGAGAUAUUGAUAACAGAGAUAAAACAUUGGAUUCAUGGAGCAUUUUAAAUCAAGAAACUUCAGGUUAUAAUAAUUGGUCAAAGUCAAAUCUGAAUCGAAGCAGCCUCCCACCAGAUUUUAUAUUUGGAGCUGCGUCAUCGGCCUAUCAAUAUGAGGGUGCUGCAUUUGAAGGCGGGAAAGGAAAAAGUAUAUGGGACACAUACAGCCACACGCCAGGUAAAAUAUCAGACGGGAGCAACGGGGACGUGGCUAUAAACUUCUACAAUCUAUAUAAGGUUUUGUUACCCCUAAUACCAAUACUAUCGAAAUAGAUCACAUACCUAAUCAUACAAAUUAACUAAAUAUUUGAUUAAAUUUAGUUACUCCAUAUUAUUUAGUAAAGGUCAAAUGUGGUUCUAAAUAUGUGAUGUUUUUUCAAUUUUAGUCAUAAACAUUACGUUUUGAAUUA